UAUCUCUCGGGCAACAGCGAAUUCUAUCUCUCGGGCAAACAUCACCACCACCAUCACCACCCCUCGUUUCACCUCCGGGCGCCGCGGGAAAGCGUCCAAGAGUACUACUGUUGAAGGAAUCGAAAAGAAGUGCAUCGAAUCAUUAUCAUUAUUUAACUCGAUGUGCCUUGUUUGAAAAAAACAACCAAAGCUCUUUCGCUUCCUUCAAUGGCGAUUUAAACGAAGCAACUGAGAUUCUCUCUUCCUCCAUUUCAACUUCUUGGAACUUCUUGAUUUGUGGAACAUAAUCAUCUAAAUGCUCUUGUUCUAUCAUCUCGAUUAAAAGAAAAAAAAACCCAAACUUUCGGCUUCAAAUAUGUCGAUCAUAACAAAGUUGAGAUGCAUCACUGUGGAUGUUACUGGCACUUUAAUGGCUUACAAGGGAGAGCUUGGUGACUACUAUUGUAUGGCUGCUAAAUCUGUAGGGCUUCCAUGUCCAGAUUACAAAAGGGUUCAUGAUGGAUUUAAAAUCGCAUACACAGAAAUGGCAAAAAAAUAUCCAUGUUUUGGACAUGCUGAGAAAAUGCCCAACAUUGUAUGGUGGAAAACUUGUGUGAAAAAUUCAUUUAUCAAGGCAGGAUAUGAUUUCGAUGAAGAGACAUUUGAGAAAGUAUUCAGGCGUAUAUACUCCACCUUUGGUUCUGCUGCACCUUACACAGUAUUCUCUGAUUCUCAACCGUUUUUAAGAUGGAUUCGUUCACAAGGUGUGACAGUUGGAAUUGUUAGCAAUGCAGAAUACAGGUAUCCAGAUGUAAUUCUUCCAGCUCUAGGCUUACAUGAGGGAUCGGAAUGGGAUUUUGGUGUAUUUUCGGGGCUUGAGGGAAUUGAAAAACCGGAUCCGAAAUUAUACAAAAUUGCUUUAGAAAGGGCGGGAAAUAUAGCCCCCGAAGAAGCUUUGCACAUUGGAGAUAGCAUGCGAAAAGACUAUUUACCCGCUAAGAGUAUUGGAAUGCAUGCAUUGUUGUUGGACCGCUUUAAAACUCCGGAUGCCUUGGACUGGAAGAAAUCCGGUGCCACCGUGUUGCCGGACCUUGUGGCGGCACGAGAGUGGUUGGCUUCUCACCGAAUUUGACUUCUUAAUAUUAUUGAUUGUAUUUACUAGUGAGGGAGAUGAUUGGUGUUGUAUGAAAAGGGAAAUAGUUGAUAUGAUAUUCUUGGUAGUUAAGUUUAAAUGUACUUUGUUUGUACUAAUAUGUUUUGUUUGAAUGAGUAAUUCUUAUUUGAGAUUUA